AAGCCCUGGGCCGACCAGAAAACUUUUUGGACGACCCAAGAAGUUUCAAGGGUUCUUCACCCGAAUAAAUAAAAUAAAAUGGCGGUUGCUUAUUUGAACUUUGGGAGCCACGUUUUUGCCUUCCUCUCCUUGUGUCUCGCUGUGGUGGCUCCAUCGGUUCAAGCUCACGUCGCGGUCUUCGAUGAAUACUGGACCCAACGUCAAUCCGACGCGUUAAGACAAACUAUAGAAUCUUAUGACCCGAAUCCUUUUAAUGUCACGGACCAUUUGAACUACCAUGCCGCAUUAGCAAUGGAGACAACUGGUGCAGACAACGGAACAAGGAGAAAGCUCGGACAAGUUGGAGACGGUCGAAAAACAAAGAGACGUGGAGGAAGGUACCAUUCCCUCAACGCUAUCGAUAAAUGUUGGCGAGGACACAGGAACUGGCAUAAAAACCGGAAAAAGUUAGCGGACUGCGUCCUAGGGUUCGGUCGGAAGACAACCGGAGGCAAGAAGGGACCGAUCUACGUAGUCACCGACGCAGCUGACGACGACCUGAUGAACCCCAAGCCAGGAACCUUAAGAUACGCAGUGACACGCGACAGACCGCUUUGGAUCAUAUUUGGUAGAAGCAUGAUCAUAAAACUGCAACAAGAACUGAUCAUAAACAGCGACAAGACCAUCGAUGGUCGAGGAGCGAAUGUUCAUAUAACAGGAGGUGCAGGUUUAACGUUACAAUUCGUGAAGAAUGUGAUCAUACACAACAUUCACAUCAAGACGAUUAUACCUGGAAACGGUGGGAUGAUUAGAGACUCUGAACAUCAUUUUGGGCAUCGAACAACAAGUGAUGGUGAUGGGAUCAAUAUUUUUGGAUCGACCAAUGUUUGGAUCGAUCAUGUCUCCAUGACGAAUUGUACUGAUGGAAUGAUAGAUGUCAUCAUGGGAUCGACCGCGAUUACUAUCUCCAAUUGCCAUCUCACCGACCAUAACGAGGUGAUGCUGUUUGGGGCCAGAGAAGAGGAUGUUAUUGACAAGAAAAUGCAGAUAACGGUAGCUUUUAACCAUUUUGGCAAGAGAUUGGUUCAAAGAAUGCCAAGGGCCAGAUUUGGUUUGGUCCAUGUGGUGAACAAUGACUAUACUCAUUGGGAAAUGUAUGCAAUUGGUGGAAACAUGAAUCCUACCAUUAUAAGUCAAGGCAACCGUUUCAUUGCUCCUCCUAAAGAAAAUUGCAAGCAGGUUACAAAGAGAGAGUACGCAAAGUAUUCAGAGUGGAAAUCAUGGAACUGGCAAUCAGAGAGAGAUUACUUUUUGAACGGAGCUUACUUUGUAAAAUCAGGAAGGGCAAACGCGUGGAGCCCUGCCCCGGAAAAUCCAAUUCCUAGACAUUUUGCAAUCCAGCCACAGCCAGGAACAGGGGUAAGAAGACUAACCAAAGAUGCUGGUACGCUUGGUUGCAGACCAGGCAAGUCCUGCUGAUACAUAAUUCAUUUGUCGUCCGAGUGCUGUUAUGGUAGUAACACACAAGAAAGGACUGAACAAGAAUUGUUAUUUGUUGUGAAUAAUGCAGUACGGAUAAAAUGGGUUAGGCUUCAUUCUUUUUGUUUUUGGCUUUGUAUAAAAAAAAAAAAAUCAAUGAAAAAAGCACAUUCUUUUUGUUUUUCA